AUGGAGGCGAAUGCAACCUUCUGGGCAGCCAGUUGCACCAAACUACUAACUACCAUUGCAGCUCUGCAAUGCGUGGAACGCGGCCAAAUCGCCUUGGAUGAAUCGGUCUCCAAGGUCCUUCCCGAACUUGCUGAGCCCCAAAUCAUCUCAUCGGUCGGAGAUGGAACCAGCCAAACGAGCAGUUCCUUCAUGUUGAGACCCGCAGCAAAGAACAUUACGCUCUGGCAUCUACUCACCAAUACAAGUGGUAUUGCUUACGACAUGGUUCACCCAGAGCUGCUCGCAUGGCGCGCAUCCAGAGGAGAAUCACCUAUGGGUUUGAGUGGGAAGGUGAUAGAAGCAUUCUCGGUCCCGCUACUAUGCGAGCCAGGUGAAAAAUGGAUAUAUGGGGGUGGAUAUGACUGGGCAGGGGUCCUAGUUUGUCGUUUGAACGGAGGCAUCACACUGGAAGAGUAUAUGCAGCAGCACCUAUUCCAGCCAUUAGGCAUGAAAACAACGACAUUUCGGGCCGCGAAGCACACCGAGAUUACGACACAUUUAGCGGCCAUGUCGCAGAGACAGGAAGAUGGAAGCUUUCAACCAGCACAAAGCCCGUGGCCAAUCGACGCUGAAGAAGACAGUGGAGGAGCGGGAAUUUAUUCCUCUGUGCCAGACUAUAUGAAAGUCCUCGCUGAUCUUAUCAGCGACAAUCCUAUUAUCCUGAAGAAGGAAACAGUUGACCUGAUGUGCACCCCGCAAAUCAUGGCGGAAUCGGCAAUGUUGAAGGAUCCCUCAGUUUCGCAGGUCAUUGCCACUAUGACCGGCAUUUCGGAUAUCUCAGCUGGCGUUACCUGGAGCCUUGGUAGCGUGUACAUGACAGAAGAUGUCGGCGUCAUGAAGAAGAACACAUUAGUCUGGGGCGGAAUGGCGAAUCUGGUCUGGUUUGCCAACAGAGAACGCGGCGUUGCCGGGAUAUUUGCUAGCCAACUCCUGCCACCGGGUGAUGCCAAGUGCUUUGACUUGGCGCUGCAAUUUAUUGACCAUAUAUUUUCGUUAGCUUCGAGUAAAUAG